AUGGGUUGUUGUGCCAGUGCUGCCAGCCAAAUUUCUUUGCCUACAAAUCAUAAGCCUAAUCAAUAGAAAAAUUAUAGAGAGUAAACAUAAACAAAUGAAGGUAAAGAGAAAUAAUAACUGUAAAUGCAAAAAAAUCAAGAUGAUUAAGAUUAAGAAAUCUUUAUUGAAAAUUAAUAGUAGUUUUAAACAGAUUAGAAAGAUUCUGGAAGUAUUCCUUUAAAGUAAACUUCACCUAAAGAAAGCUAAAUGUAGAAAUUAUAUAAUUAUCAUCUUAGACCUUUAAAUCCAUAUGAAUAUUAAGAAGAAUAAAUAGAGGAAUAAAUGAUAAAAUCUAAGAAGCAAAAUGGAAAUGAAAAAACAGAUUUUAAUGAACCAAUUACAAGUAAUAUUAUUUUUAAUUAUUUAGAAGUAAGUUAAGAGGCUUAAAGAAUUAGAAAGUUUGUAUAAAAAUAGAGAUAACUUAAAUCAUUAUAAUAAUAAUAAAAUGAUAGUGAAUAAAUGUUUAUUAUUGAAGAAGUCGAAAGAUAAAUUAACAAUAAACAAUUAACAUUAGAUUCAUUAGAUGUAAGUAAAUAUUUAAUACGUUUAAGGAAAUUUGCCAAAAAUAUAAUAAACCUUUGAUAGAAGUCUUAUCUUUAAUGAAUUAAUAAAAUUAUUACUUAAUUGAAUUAAUCCUAAUUUACAUUAAUGAUUAUGAAAUAAUUCAACAUAUCUUACUUAAUCAUAUAUUACCAGAUGGAUAAAUAUUAUAAGCAAUAGCUCUUAGAUUGAUAAAUAAAAUGAAACCAUUUUAUAGUACUAAAGAAUAAUUAUAAUAAACAAUAUUAUUCAUUUAAUCAAUCUUUGAUUCUACAGAAGUAAUACGUAUAUUAAAUCAAUUGGAAUUUAAUAAUAUUGAUUCAUAUAUAGAUAUGAAGGAUUAAGAUUAAUUGAAAUUAUUUGGAUUGAUUAGCAAACUUUUUUAAAAGAGUGAAAUUUAAAAUAAAAAAUUUAUAGAAUAAUAUAAAGUAGCUAAAAAGAAUUUUAAAUUUUAAAAUUUGAUUGUUCCUAAAUCUAUACCAUUAGGAUAUAAUAAUAUUAGAAUUAUUGAUAAGGCUGUUUUAGAACAUUUAGAAUUUAAUAUCUUUCAUUAAAUUGCACUUUAAAAUAAAUGGGAUUUAUUUAUGUAAUAUUCUAAUGAUUAUUAUUUGAUGCCAAAUAUAUCAUAAGUAACUCCAAUGAUGAUGUUAUUUUAAAAUGCACCUUUUGAUAUCAUUAAUAAAUAUAUUACAUUAUAUCCAGAUAAUUUAGAAAAGUCAUUACAUUUUUUUACACGUAAAGGAAAAAACUUAAUUCAUUGUUUUUGUUUAAAUAAAUCUACAAAAUCUAUUGAUGAUAUUUAAUCAAUUAUUGAUAAACUAAAUUAAUAUUAAGAUUUAUUAAAAGAUUUAUUAAUAUAACCUUACAAUGAAUAAAUUCCAUUAGUUACUUAUUUGGAUUUUUGGAAAGAACCUUAAGAUAUUUUUAUUACAUUUUUAAGUUAACAUAUUUAAAAAGAAUUUGAUUUUUAUUAAAUUUAUUUGGAUGUACUAUAAUCUGCAUUUAUGAGAAAUAAAAAAGAUUGGUAAAAUUAAAGAAUUAAUCCUAAUACAAAAUACUUUUAUUCUAUGUAAAAUUAAAAAACACCAAAAAGAUUAAGAAUUAAAAAUUAUGAAGAAUAAGAUUAUUAAUAAUAUGAUAAGAUUUAUUAUUAAUAUAUUUAAGUUGCAAAACAAAUAAUAAAACAUAAAUUCAAAAUAAAUUUAAGUUGGAUUAAUAAUUUUGAUGUACAUUCAACUCAUUAUCCAUAUGAAUUUAGUGGAAUUGUGAGACCCCUUCUUAUUUAAUUGGUUUAAUUAGAAUAAUAUGAUUUAGUUAAGAAAUAAGUUUAAUUAAUUAAACCAUUUUAUUAAAAAUAAUAAAUAGAAAAUAAUAAUGAAAUCAAUAUAUAAGCAUAAUACAUAUCUAAAUUAAUUUAAAUACUUAAAUUUACAUCAAAUCGAUCUCAAUUAACUCCUCUUAUUGAAGAUAUCAAAGAAACAAUAAACUCAAAUCCUUAAUUAUUAAAGAUACCUUUACAUGGAUAUUUUGAAGCAAAAUCUUAAUUGAAUAAUUCUAUUUAUGGAUAUAAUGAUACUAGAUCCAAAUAAUAACUAUAUUAUUUUGAUUGUAUUUAUACUCAACUUAUAGAUUUAAAUGACAAAUCAUUUGAUUAAUGUUAUAAAAUUAAAGGUUUAUAAUUAAAAUAAAAUGAAUAAGUGUGUUUAUAAAUAAUACGUAAACUCUAUCUAAAUAAUAAACUAUUAUAAGUAGAUGAUGAAUUUAUAAAUGAAAUUUAUAGAAAUAUCACCUUUGUUGCUAAUUUUGAGUAAGAGAAUACUGGUUCUAAUGAUGAUGAAAAGAAUGGAAGAAUCCAAUGGAAAAAAUCUACUGAACCUUCAAAACAAGUUAUAAAUGGUAAGAAUUAUUAUAAAAUAAAUCAUACAGCAGGUUAAACAAGAGUGAUUUUAGUAUUGAAAACAUUUAAUAUUAAUGAUGGUCCAACUUAUAAUUUUAAGGAAUUCAUUUAAUUCUUGAAAAUUAAAGGUUUUAAUUAUAAUAUAAAGAAUGAAAGUAUGUUUGAUGUAAUAUGUAAUCUAAAUUAAGAAGAGAAUGUAUAAACAUUAGUUGAAUUAUAUUUUAAUGAUAACUUUCGUAAUUUCCCAUAAGGUUUGCAUCUAUUAGAUGAUUAUUUUGAUGUUAGUGUUAAUUCUGAAAUUUGGUGUACUUCACUUUUCAUUUAUGCAAAAAAUGUUAAAUUUGACUUUAAUUUUAUUCUAGAUGAUGAAAGGACUAUUAGUUAUACUAUAUUUAAAAUUAAUGAAAAUUAACUUGAAAAUAUAUAUAAUUGGGGAUUAGGUGGAAUGAUUUUAAAUUUAAUAGUUUCUCCAAAAGAAUAUCCUAUACCUAAGAAUUAUAAAGAAAAAGCUGCUUUGUAUACUAUUUAGAAUCAUAAACCUUUUUUGGCUACAUUGAUAACAAUUAAAGAGUGUUAUGAUGAUUUAACAUAAAUAUAUCCUGAAGUAAAAAUAACUUAGGAUAUAAUUUAUAAAUUAUCAUUAAAGGACAUUGUAUAGAAUAAUUCAUUUUAGAGUUUAAAUUAUGUUUUAAAGUAUACACAAACUACUAGAAUAGUUUUAGCAUCUAUUUUGGCUUAAAACUUUUUUCCUUUAAAUUAUAAUUUUAAGAAAAACAUGGAAGAAGUUGAAAAAUUUAAUAAUACUUUGGUAUAAUUGCUUGAUAAUUUAAAAUAUGAUGAAGAUUAUUCAAAUAGAAAAUUAAAUUUAUUAGAAAAUUGUCAUCUUUAUUCUGUGAUAAAUCUUAAAUCAUAUCAAAUACUUAAGCCAAGUUAAUAAUAAAUAAAAUUAACUCAUUUUGUAUAAAUAAUGCUUUCUUGUAGUUAUAAGGAAGUGAAAAUAGCAUUAUUAAAUGAUAUGCCAGAUGAUAUAUUAAAAUAUCUUAAGACUUCAUUAAAUAAAAUAUGUUGUAAGGAUUAAGAAAUGAUUAUUCCAAUGAUUAAAAGAAUUUAGCUAUUAAAUUAAAAUGAUGGAACAUUAAUUUAUAUCAAAACAAUAUUAUCAUUACUUUUCAAUUAAAAUCCAUCUAAAGCUAUUGAUAUAUUAUUAGAAAUUCUUGAUAAAAAAGAAUUGAGAUAUAGAAUAUAAUUUAUUUAACAUUUAUAUACAAAAGCAUUUUGGAAUAAAGAUUAAGAAACAUUAAAUAGAUUAUUAGGAUAUUUGGACAAAGAUCCAGAAAAAAAUACAUAUAAAAUGAUUUUUCUAUUAAGAAAUUUAUUUAGUGUUGAUACUGAAUAUAAUAAUUAUGUUUUAGCUUUAAAAUAUCAUCCAUGUUUAGUAUUGAAUACACAAUAAUAUUAAAAAUAUUUAAAAUAAAAUAAUUUUGGAAAAUGGAAAUUAGGAUUAGAGUAUUAAUUAUGUUUAAGAGAAGGUUUACAUGAAAAGAUUGAAAUAUUGAAUUAAUUAAUUGGUCCAUUUGAUUAAAUAAAAGAUAAUUAGACUUUUUGUGAAUUUAUUGCUACAGUUUUAAUAGAAGCAAAAGUUUAACCAUAUAAUGAAUCUUUAAAAGAUAAUUAGGUAGGUUUUAUAACUGCAUAAUUACGGAGUUUAAAUGAAAUGGAUAGAUAUUAAUUUUUGAGUUAUAUUUAACCAUAUACUUUAGAGAGAAAAUAAUUAAAAUAAAAGAAUUCAUUAUAAUAAAUAAUAAAUAAGGCAUAAGAAUAAUUUGAAUAAUCAAAGAAAGUAAUUAAUCAUCCAAUAAAAAAACUUGAAUAAAUAAAUAAAUUAGAAGCAUAAUUAAUAUAUAAAUAAAAUUAAGCAUAUUCAAAAUAAAAUUAAAAUUAUUCUUGUUUAUUUUAAUCAAGUUAGAAUUCAUAAUUAUAAAAUUAUGAGAAAUGUUUUGAACUUGUUUAAAAAUGGGCUAAUUAAAAAGUUUUGAUUUAAAAAUCUCCAUUUUAUGAAUUAAUGUAUGCUCUUAGAUAUCCAAAUAAAUAAUAAGUUUAAUAAAAAGAAUAAUUAAUUGAAAUUUUGAUUAAACAUUUUUUAUUAAAAAAAACUGGACCUAAUUUUUUAAAGUAUAAAUCAAAAGAAUAUAUUGAAUUAUUAAAAGUUAAUUGUUCAACAUCAAUUAAUAAAUAUAUGAAAUAUGGCAUUAAAUAAAUAAGACCUUAAAUGUAAGAAAUCUUUGUAUCUGAAUUUAUAUGUGAAGAUCAGAAAUAUGAUCCUAGCAAUGAUGAUUUGGAUUAUAUUAUAAUGACUAUGAAAUAUUAGAAUAUUAAAUUAGUACCAAUAUUGAAAAAGAAAUAUAAAGGAUUAUUAGAGAUAAAAUUUAAUAAAGCAACUUUAUUUUAUGCAAAAAAUGAAGUAAAUCUAUUACCACUUUCUUAAUAUGAUGUUUCAUGUAAAAAAUUUGAAAAAAGAAUGUAAUUCUAUUGUAGAUUUAUAAGUGGAGUUGGAGCAAAUUUAAAAAAAUUAACACCUGAUUAAGUAUUUUUAGUUUUUGGUUAACAUAAUCAUAUCUUAUAAAAACCAUAAUUUAGUUAUGAAAAUUUAAUUCUUGCUCUUAUAAGUGGAAAUAUGGAAACUAUUUUAUUUAUAAUAUAACUUCAUUAACAACCAAAUAAACUUGUUUAUGAAUAGAAUUUAUUUUAAUUAAUUAUUUUAGGAAAUUUUAGUGAUAAUCUUGUUAUAAAAUUUUUUAAUAAAUAUAUUAAAGAUUAUGUAAAAUAAACAAAUAGAAUAUUUUUAUUUGAUAAUUAACCUAUUUUAUAUUAUUUAAUGCUUAUGAAAAGAUAAAAAUUAUUUGAAGAUAUUUAUUUAUAAUUUAUGAUUUAAAUACAUGGAGAAUAAAAAGCUUUAUAAAUAUUAAAAGAUGAAUUAUUAAUUGUUAUUGGUGGCAAUAAUAAUUAAGAUAUAUUAGGUUUAGCAUUAAUGAGAAAAAACUAUUUUAUAUUAAAUUAUUGUACAAAUAUCAUAAAUAAAGAACAUUUAAAAUUUAUCUAACAUUUUGAUAUUAAUUAUUUCAAAUCAAUUAAACCUUAAAAUAAUAAUACUCCUUAUUCUAAAUUUAUUGAAUUAUACUAAAAAUAUCUUCCUUUAUGUUGUAUUGAAUUGAAAUUUAAAUAAUUUGAUAAAAUGAGAGUUUAAUUAUCAAAUGGAGUAUUUAGUAUUAAAAAUAAAAAAUAAAUUAAUGUAAGAGAAUAAUAAAUAAAUUAACUUAUAUAAUAUGAAUAAGCUUGUAUCAAUUAUAUAUUUAAUUUGAAAGAAAUUUAUUAAUUUCACAACAAAUCUUUAUCUAUUUAGAUGGCUUUAGAUAAAUGGAGUAUGAUAGCUUAAUAUUAAUUUGAUCCUAUUCUUCUACAAUAAAUCUUAUAACAAUAUAAAUAACCUGAUGGAUCUUAUAAUAUGAAAGUAGAAGAAUAUUAAAUGAUUCUUGAAUAAUGUUAAAAACAUAGAAUAUAUUAACAUCCAAUUUUUGAUGAACUUGCUGUUAUAAAUCCUAAAUUAUUCAUUUAAAUUACAAAUCCAAUGAUUCUUAAUAUUUCAUCAGUUAUUGUUGUAAAUCAAACUUUGUAUUAAACUCCUGAAUUGAUUAAUUAUGUAGAAUUCCAUUAUAAUCAAUAUAUGGAAUAAAUUAAAUUACAAUAAAAAAAGAGAUAUAAUCUUUAAAAUAAAAAGAAAAAGUAAUUGAAACUACUUGAAAAAUAAGAAAAAAGCUAAAAUGAUACCAAAAAUGAACAGUAAAUUGCAUAAGUAGAAGAAGAAUAGGAAAAUCGAUAAGGUGAAGAAGAUGAAGAGGAAAAUCUAUAAGGUGAAGAAGAGAAAAAUAUAUAAUAGGUAGAAGAAAUUUAAUAAUAAGAAGAAGAUAUUUAAUAAUAAUAAGAAGAAAUUUAAUAAUAAGAUGAAAGUUAAUAAUAAGAAGAAGAUACUCAAUAAUAAUAAGAUAUUCAAUAAGAAGAUUAAAAUACAUCAUAAGAUAAAAGAACAUAAGAUUUGAAUUAAGAAAAUUUGGAAAAUGACUCUGAAAUGUGUGAUGAAGAAUAAGAAAGGGAAGAAGAUGAUUAAAUAGAGAUGCUUAGUAAAAAUAAUGAGAUGCAAAAGAAUAUUCUUUAUGCCUUUUAUUUAUUACUUUGUAUCUAAUAGGAUCAAUAUUAAGGAUGGCUUUCAAAGUAAUAAUAAUUAAAGGUUAUUGUGGAAAUGUAUUAAAUUUUAUUAAAAAAUAAAUUGAAAAUCAAAUAGCAAAAACCAUUUAUUACUGAAAAUAGUAAGAUAUUCAUAUUGUCAUAAUUAAAUAAGGAUUAUAAAUUUAAAGACUUUUCUUAUUUUGAAUAAAUUUUAGAAAAGGAGGAUUCCAGAGAAUUAGCAAUUUUAAGAGGAAUAAUGUAUAUUUAAUAAAUUAAUGAAAUCAUAAAAGGGUUUAUUGGCAGAUUGAAAGAAGAGAUUAUAACAAUGAAUAAUUUUAAGAAAAAUGUAUUUCUUGUAUUUGGAAAAGAGUAAAUAACUUAUGAAGAAGAUGGUUUUACUAUUCCUCUAUAAUAUGGUGAUAAAUCAUUUUAUUUAUCUGAAGAGACUAUUGCAUAAGCUAUUCCAUAAUUAAAGAUAGCAAAUUAUUAAAUGAAUAUAGAUGUAGAAUUAGUACUAUAUCAAGAAAUUUAAGAGAAUUGGAAGAAUUUUGAUUUUAGUUCAAUUACAACAGUUGAUUUUAAUGAGAUCAUUAUAAAUUCAAAGGAGAAUAUUUUAGAGAAAUGUUUAUUUUUUAAGAAUUUAAUGGAAUAAUAAUUUGAUAAGGUAGGUAUUUAUUAAAUAGAUGAUGUAUUUGCUCCUCAUUAACAUGAAUAAAUUAGAUAAACUGAUAUGCAAUUAUUUUAAACAUAAGGACAACCUCCUUCUUUAAUACAUUAAAGUCAGAGUCAAAUGGGUUUAUCAUAAGGUAAUUAGAUGCAAAGAUAAUCAACAAUGAAUUAAUAAUAAAUAAUGAAGGAAGAUUUUCAAUUUAUGUUUGAGCUAUUACCUGAUAAUACUUAUUAAGUUAGAUAAUAAAAGAAAUAAAAAAAUUAGAAAGAAUUAAUAUUUGCUGAAUUUUAUCAUUUCAUUCAACCAUAAGUAGUAAUUAAUUUAAUAAAAUUAACAGAAGAAGAAUUCAUUGCUAAUUAUAAUGGUAAUGCUGUAAUUUCAAUGAUUAUAUAAGAUUUUUAUAAAUAUAAUGAAUAUUUAAGUAGUUUAAUAGAAUAAAAAUAAUAAUAAGAAUGGAGAUUAGAAUUUCCAUUUUAUAUAAAAAAUCAACAUUUUAUAUUUUAAGAUUAAUUGUUUUCAACAUAUAAUAUUUAAAUGAUAUUUACAAAAUUGGUAGGAUUUAUAGAAAAAGUAUAAUAAUUAUUGGGUAGAAGUGAAGAUUAGAGUAAAUUGGUAUGGAGAAUAAAUACAAUAUCAUUUUUAGAAGUAAUAAUAAGUAAAUUAGUUGAAAUGUAAUAAGCUACAAAUAAAAUAAUUAAUAUUUAUUCAAUAAUUGAAUAAGUAUUUAGUUGGGAUACAUUAAUCAUGAUUUUGCAUUAAUUACUAUAUAAUAAUUUGAUAAAAGCAUAGCAAGUAUUAAAAGUUAUUAGAGGGGUUUAUGUUGAAUUUAAUGAAUAAUAAGGGACUUAAUUUGUAUAGAGUGAUUAAAAGAAAGGAUUAGAUAAAAUUUUCUAAUUUGGAAAUACUACUUAUCUUCUUUAUAAUCAUAUAUUAAUUAUUAGAUUGAAUAUAGGGAUAUGCAAUUAAAAAGAAUAAAUAAUUAAAUAAGAUUUAUAAAUAACUUAAAUUUAAAAAAGUAGUAGAAGUGUAUUUAAACCAGAUCCAAUGAUAUAAGAAUAUUUCCAUAGUAUUAUAAAUGAAUAUGAUUUCUAUAAUUAAAUAUUCAAUCCAGAAUAAUUAGUGUAAUACUUAUUCAAUAAAUUGGAUAUUGAUAGACAUUUAUUAAAAUAUUCAAAUCAAUUAAGUAAGAUACUUAAUAAAACUAUAACUUUAUCUGUUGAUCAUUAAUCAUUAGCUUCAAUUUUUUCAAGUGAAAUCUAUAAAAUUAGUCAAAAUAAGAAUAGUAAAAGUAGAUUAAAAGAAAUGGAAUAAAUUUGGUAUAUUUUAUUAAAAUUAAAUAAAUAUUUUAAAGAAGAUUUAUAUAAUUAUUUAUAAAGAUAAUUGAAAGCUGAAAGAUUUGAUGAAAUGUUUAAUAUUAGAUUAUCAUGUUUAUUAUCUGCAUUAAGAUAAAAUUAAUCAUUAAUGAAUAUUAUUGUAUCUAAUACUAGAUAAUUAUAAUUAAAAUAGAAAUCUAAAAUAUUAUAAAGAUUAUGUUAUGUUACUUAAAAAAGUAAUAUAAAAUUAUCAUAUCAUUUUGGAUUUUAGAUCUCUAAAAAUUAUUAUGUAAAUAAUAGUAAAUUAGGAGAUGUUUGUAUGAUAGUUUAUUGUGAAAAUCAAAAAAAUAAUUUAGUAGCAUGUUAAUUAGUUUACAAUUCUAAACCUGGUCACUUUUUAUUUUCUUAAUUAGAUCACAUGAAUGAUGAACUAUUAACACAUGAUAGAAUAACAAGAAAUUAAGCUUAAUAUACUGGAUAUACAUAUUCACAUAAUGAACUCAGAUAUGUACAAAUUGAAGACUUAAUGUCAAUAGUAUUAUUUCAACCAAUUUGGCCAUCAGAUCCUGUUUUCAACUAAUCAAUCUUAAAUGUAUUUUUCACUGAUUAAGAUGGUAAUAUUUCAAUAUGUAAUGAAUAAAAAUUCUUGACUCUUAUGAGUCAAAUUUAAUGUGAAUAAGAUGAAUUCAGUAAAUAAGAGAUGCUUGAUAAUCUCUUUGGAAAUGGUCUUGUUUCUUCUUAUAGUGAUUUAAGUCUAACUUAAUUGACACCUAUUUUUCCAGAUUAAAUUAAUUUUGAUUUUGCUGCUAUUCAUUAGUUGAAAAAAUAAUAAUCUUUAGUUUAAGGAUAAAAUGUAUUUGUUAGAAUUAAUGGAGAUAAAUUUAAACUUGAUUAAAUUGAAAUUGCAUCUGUUAGUAUGGCAUGUCAUUUUGAAACUAAUAUUAUAGCUCAAUAAGCAUAGAAAAAUUUUAUUAAAUUCCUUAAAGAACAUACUGAAUUAUCAAACAUUUUCUUACAUUUUGAUGACUAAUUGAAUUAAAAUCCAGAAUAUUAUUUAGAUUGUUUCCUUGUUGGUGGAACUAUAUUUGAAGCCUUUUAAUAUGGUUAUUAAACAUUUAAGGAUGGAUACACUUAUCCAAAAAUGAAUAAUUCAUUAUAGUUUCUAUUUGAAAUUUAAUCAAUUUUAACAAUAAAAAUCAAUUUCAUUAAAACAUUUAUUGAAAAAGUUGAAUUUAUAUUUGAAAAAAGUUAUGAAAAUUAAAAAUAAUUAAUUCAAUAUGAGAAUAGAACAUUAAAAUGUUAUACUCUUAUAGAUGAAAAUGAUAAUAUUUAAGUACCAGACUCAGGUUAAAUUGCAUAAUUUUUAUUUAAUUUAAUUUUGAAAUUUUAAUUGAAUAAAAUGAAUUCAUAUUUUACAGAUGAAAAUUUAAAUAUAGUUGAAGUUGGAGAAAUAUAAAUAGAAAAUAUUAAAACAGUUGUUGAUAUAAUUUUAUUGGCAAAAUAUCUAUUUAAAUUAUUGAAAUUAGAUGAUGAGAAUAUUAAAUUAAAUAUUUCUAUAUUAUCAUAGAAAGAAAUUAAAACUUAAUUUAAAAAUACAAUCUAUUAAUUUAUUGAUGAUGGAUCUCAUUUAAUAAUUAAUUAUGAAACAUUCAGUGAUUUUAAUAUCUGUGAUUUCUUCUUAGAUUAUCUUAACAAUAAAUAAUUUUAUAUUAGUAAUAGAUAUAAUGAUAAAAUCAAAUAUGAUGGACCAGAAAUUAUAUAAGAAAGAUUAGAAUUAAAUCCUAGAAAAUUAUUAAGUGGUAUUGAAGAUAAUCAAAAUAUUGAAUUAUUAAUCUAUAAUAUAAAUAAAGGAAAAUUAUUAAAUUUAGAUGUAAUAGAUCCUAAUUAAUUUGAUUAACUCUACUUAAUAUUUAAAAUAGAUGGAAUUUAUUAGAAAUUUUAAGCAGUUAAAUGUUGUACUUAUAAACUAUUAAGUGGUUAUUUCAAAUAAACAUCAUAUGAAUAAAAUAUUAGCAAUUCUUUAUUUUUAUUAAUAUUAGAUUUAGAAUCUAAUAAACCAUUAGAACCAUAAUUAGCCAAAAUAGAUGUUUAAUAAACUAAAGAAAGAACCAAUCUUAUGAAUUUAAUUAAGAAGGAAAAAAAGAAAGAAUAAUUAUAAGUUUCUUAUAAAUUUAUAACUAAUAAAUCAUUAUUGGUCGAAUUUUUUAGUGAUAAAAUAUUAACAAUGAAAUUAAGUGUCUCAUAACCACUUAAAAUAUCUAUGAUCUAAAAAGAAAUAGUAAAUUAAUUAACAUUCGAGUACACUACAUAAAACACAUAAGAUUUGAGUAAAACUACUCAUGGAAAAGUAAUAAUCAAAGGAGUUGAGAAAGUAAUUGAAGUUGAAUAAGAAGAAUAAGUACCUUUUGGUAUAGGAGAUGCCAAAAUGAUGAAAAUUUUAUUAAAAAAAUCAAAUUAAAAAAUGGAUGAAAUACUGUUCCAUAAAUAAUGUGAACCAAUAAUACAUUCUAAAGAUUUACAACUUAGCAAUACAAUUAAUAUGUUAAGUAAAUAAGAACUUCAAGCAGCAUCUAGAGCUGGAGAAGAAAGAAUAGAUUAUCUAGAGUUUAAAGAUAAUUUAGGAAAUCGAAUCAAUAAUUUUUCAUAUUCUUCUUUAGUUUUUGUGCAUUCAUUAUUUAAUUAGAUUCAAUAUGUUCCUUAAUAAGAACAUAAAGAUUAUGGAUUAAAUUUAAUUUGGACUCCAAUUUUCAAAGGAGUCUAUAAACUGUAUAUUGAUGAUGUUAGAAUUAAAGGUAGAUUUAUUAUAUUGGCUAAUACACCUAGUCUAUAAGAAAGUGAAAUAGAAAUUCCUUAAGAAUUACAAACAAUACCAUUUUAUGAAGAUAUUCCAUUUACAUUUUAAUUAAGGGAUUCAUAUUCAAAUAUAUAUGGUGAUAUUGAAUAUGAUAUUUAUUUGGAUUGUAAAUGUGAAAUAGUUUGUCAUAAAGGUGUUACCUUGUAAGUUAAUUUCUAAAACUUAACUAAAAGUGGAUCCAUUAAUGCAAAAGCUCAUUUUGUUCCUGAUAAUGUAGAGGCAAAUGAACUAUAAACUGAAAUAUUGAUUUUAAUAAAUAAGGAAAUUAAAAAAGGUAUGAUUAUAUAAUUUUAUUUUUAAAGUAAAACCAAUUAAGAUUUCAGGAGUAUGUUUAGAAAAAAGAAGAAAGAAAUUUGAAGCUGAAUUAGAAAAAAGUUUCAAAAGAACUGAAUAUUCAUUAGUAAUUAGAAGAUUGAAUUUCUUAAAAGAUUUAUUAGAUUUAGCAGAUAAAAAAAUGAAUUAUAAUUUUAGUAUUAAGUUUUAAGAUGAACCUGGUAUUGAUGCUGGAGGACUUAAAAGAGAAUUUUAUGAUAUGAUAGGUAAUACUCUAAAAGAUGAUACAUAUAAAUUCUUCUAGCCUGUUCAAGGUAAUCUUGGAAAAUAUUUUCUACAUAGUAGUUUUAACAAAAUAAAAAAUAAAAAAGAAUAUGCUUUAUUAUUUGGAAAGGUAUUAUUCAUUUAUAAAUCUAUAGUUAAUUGCUAAUUCAAUUGCCAAUGGCUAUUUAAUUGGUAUUGAUAUAAUAAGUCCAUUUUGGAAGGUUGUCUAUGAUGAAAAGAUAGUUUUUGAAGAUCUUAUCUUAAUAUGGGAUAAAUAGACAUACUCCAAUUAUGCUAAUCUAAGAGAAAUGAAUCCUGAAACUAUUGAAUCUCUCUAUUUAGAUUUCACUUAUUAAUUAGGCAAUUCUACUAUUGAAUUAAUUCCUAAUGGAUCUGCUAUGCCAGUUACAUAACAUAAUGUACAUUAGUAUUUAGACAAAACUGCAGAAUACAUUAUUUACAAAUAAUUCCAAGAAAUAUAUAAAUCAUUUAUUGAAGGCUUUACAACUGUUGUUGAUUUAAAGGUAUUUUACAUUCAAAUUGGUUUAAGAUUUUCCAAAAGUGGUUGAAACCUUCUGAGAUAUCAUUGUUAACUUAAGGAUUACUAGAAAUUAAGCCAGAUGUAGUGUUAUAAAAAAUAUCAUAUUCUGGAGGUAAAGCAAGUCACAAAUCUUACUUUGAAACUUAUGUUAAUCAAGCAGAUUCAUAAACAUUAAAGAACAUGUUAAAAUUCAUUACUGGUAUUAUUUUUAUCAAUCUUAUUUUUAGGUUCCUCUGCUAUUCCAUUUGAUUAAAGUUCUUAUAUAAUAUCAGUUGAAUUCAAGAAUAAUUUAGAUAUAAGAAAAUUGCCUUUAGCUCAUACAUGCUUUAAAUCUAUUGAAGUUCCAUUAUAUGCAAAUUAUGGACAAAUGAAAUAAAAAUUAGAUAUUGCUUUUACUAUUGGUUUAGAAGGAUAUGGAUUUGGUUGAUAUAAAUUUAAA